UCACUACACUAAAACCCCAACUUUAAACCCUCAAACCUAAACCUUUCUCUUUCUCUCGCCGUUUUCCCCAAAAUCUCAGAAGUUCAACAAUGGAGUCAAUUGCGCUGCCAUUAAAGGUCUCAAUUCAAGCAAUCCAAAAAGCUGUUGAUGCUCUCCUCAAAUGGAAAUCCUCUGUUUCCGAUUCUGAUAAACCCCAACUCCUUCCUUCUGAUGAAUUUCUUUACUUAGUUCUAACCCUCAACAAAAUCCCACCUAAAAACCGCACUAACGCCCACAAAGUCGCUCUUCCAAACGCCCUUUACACCCCAGGAACCUCUGAGUUUUGCCUCUUUGUUCAUGACAGCGUUUCCAAAACCGCUAAACUGAAGGUUGAAGAAGGUGGGGUUCCAGUUUCCAAGGUGAUUAAGCUCUCAAAGUUGAAGAAGGAUUACAAAGCGUUUGAGCAGAAGAGGAAGCUUUGUGAUUCUUUUGACCUGUUUUUUGCUGAUAAGAGGAUUAUCCCACUUUUACCCAAUGCAAUUGGGAAGCAAUUUUACAAGAAGAAGAAGAUUCCGGUGCCAAUUGAGUUGGGUAGAGGUAAUUGGAAAGAACAGAUUGAAAGGGUUUGUAGUUCAGCAAUGUUGUAUUUGAGUACAGGAACUUGCAGUGUGAUUAAGGUGGCGAAAGGCUCGAUGUCGAGGGAUGAGAUCGUUGCGAAUGUGGUUGCGGCGGUUAAUGGGGUUGCCGAGACAGUGCCGAAGAAAUGGGGGAAUGUGAGGGCUUUUCAUUUGAAGUUUUCGGAAUCAUUGGCGUUGCCGGUUUAUCAGAAGGUGCCGGAUUUGGGGCUUAAGAUUAGUGGUUUGAUUACGGCGAGUGAUGCAAAUGGGGAUGAAAAGGCGGUCGUCUUGAAGAAAAGGAAGGAGAAGUUGAAGGAGAAGGUGAGUAAAAAGAAGGGGAGGAUUCAUGAGGUGUGGUAUAUGGAUAGUGUUGAGUCUGGUGGGAUGGUAGGGGGAGAUGAAUCGGGGAGCGAAGUCGAUGAUGAUGUAGAGGAGGAGAAGGUAAUGGCGGUUGAGAAUAUUGUAGUGAGUGGUGAGAAAAUUGCUGGAAAGAAGAGGAAGAAGGGAGAUAAAAAGGAGGUGAAGGAAAUAGCAAAAGGGAAGAAAGGAGUGAAGGGUUUGAAGGAGAAGAAGGUUAAGGUUUCGUCGAAAUCAUCAGAGAAGAAAUUGAAGAAAAUCAAGGUUUAGGUGGGUCCCAAGGAACACAAGCGAUUUCAUUCUUCAUUCAUAGGCAACCAUCCUGAAAGCUCAUACUCAUAUGGCUUCUCUAAAGAAACGGGAAAGGAAGGGCAAACGAAAGGCGGAUGAUUCAGAUUAGAAAGCAGGAGGUUCAAAGAAGGUUGCUUCUUCUAAGAGGAGUAAUUUGCUAACUAUCUCUGAAAUUUGCUCCACCCCUUUGAAUUAUGUAUACCUUAUUUUGGUGAGCCUAAGCGAAAUUGUUUUAAAUGACAUGGGGGUAGAAAUCCAAUUUCUUUGUGUGUCGUGUUACAGGCUUGCAAUCUUCUCGUUUAAAUUAUCAUUCGUUAUUUCAGUAAUUUCUUUUCGAGGAUUUAUCUAUUGAUCAACUUAAUAGUCUUUUCACACAACUAAUCUAAUUGAAAUUUCUUUCCGUAC